AUGGAACAUAAUAGUAAAGAAGAAAAAGCAUCUACUACUAGUUUUUAUUAUUAUACAGUAGAUGCUAUUCCACUUUAUCAAUCCUCAAAAAGACCCUUUCAUUUAGAAAACCGAUUAAAAAAGCGACGUAGCUUAUCAUUCAUGUCUUCUAAUGACCAAAAGAACUCCUCGAGUUCUCAUGAAAAGAGUAAUAAGAGAGAGGCUAUCUUGGAAGAAAGAAGAAAGAAAUUAAACGAGCAUUCGCUUAAAGUUCAAAAAAUCGCCAAGGAACAAGAAGAUCGUAUCCAGAGGAAAAAUUUUCUUUUAUCAAAAUCAAUGGAAUUGGCUGAAUUAAAUAGAAAUCUUUAUAUCGAACAAAGAAAGGCUCAAUCCAAGAAAUCAGUGGAAAGGGCAAAAAGAAUUGCACUUCAAAAUCAACAUCGAUCUUUGCAAGAGCAAGAGCGACGAAGAGCUGAGCUUGAAAAAAGACUAGAAAGAACUGAAGAAAGGCGAUUGGCUUAUUUGAAUAAAUAUCAAAAAUCAAAAAAUAAAAUGAUGACUACUUCUUCUUGUUUAAUUCAAACAACAACAUCAUCUACCAUUACAGACACUACUAUGCUAACAUCAUCCACUAAAAAGGCAGAUAUUUCAACAGCAACAGCAACAACAACAUCAUCGUCGUCAUCAUCAUUAUCUCCAUCAAUAACAGCACUACCACCACCUAAAAAGAAGCCUUCUUCAUGGUCUAUUAUCUUGAAGGCUUUUAGGGAAUUAGGUUUACCAUCCCCUUCUGACACAAAUACUUGGUUGGAAUUUAAUACCUUGAGCCAACUUCUUCAUGAAGCAAAAGUCAUUGUUGUAACAACAAAAGUACUUAAUACAGCAUUAAAGAUAAAAGAUGAAGAGAGUAAACAUCGUGCUCGUAUUCUUUUAACUUCUUAUAUGAUGCUUAUAUGUCCAAAGGAAGUAUUACAAAAUGUUCAUGGUAUUGAAGAGAAACUACAUUUAGAGAGAUUACAUUCAGCAGCUAAAGAUAUGCUUCACCUAUUUGAAAUAUGGCUUAGUACUCAUGGUCAUCCUGGUGCGACAAAGGCAAGAGUUAGAUUUGUGGAUGCUUGGAAUAAUUAUAAUAUCUUGUUUGAAACUUGGAAAUCAAAAGAUUGUGAACAAUUGACGAGCCAUAUGAUUCAAUACUAUCUUGAACUUUCAACCCUUCGUCAAACAGUAAUUGCACAGAACGAUGGAGAACAAGUAGGUGAUCAAUUGCAUCAACAACUUGAUGAAAUCAAACAUAAAUUAGAGAAAAUAGGAGGAACACAUGCUCUUGAACGUCUACAAAGAGCAAUGGAAGCGUCUUCUUCUUUUAAAUCAAUGAAUCAACAACAACAAGAAAGUAGUAAUAGUAGUAGCAGGAGCACACCUCGAUCACCUACUACAUUUGAUGGAAUGGAAUAUCAUUGUGAAUUACAAGAGGAUACAAAUCCUGAUGAACAGCUUGCUGAACUCCUGGGCAACCAUUUGCAAUAUGAUUUUUUUACAAAUGAACAGUUAGCGCAUGAACUGAUUGUGGAUCCAGAAUUCAAAUUUAAACGAUAUGAGCCUACAAGUGAUCUAGAAAGACGAGUCAAGAUGAUGGCUGAGAGGGCAUUCUUUGAUAAACUUGUAGAGGAAAUAGAACAAGGAAAAUCAGACAAGUCGAUUAUUUCAUUUAUAAAGGAAAUCAAAAUGCGUCUAUUAUCACUUGUUCGUUCUGACACGACUCUUUAUCAUAAAAUCAAUGAUACCUUGGAUAUGAUUGAACAGCAAACGAAACAAACUACAUUUGAUUUACAAGCCAUGAUAGAUUCUAUCUUACAUGUUAUGUCAAAGUUAUGUGCACCUGUUCGAGAUGAAGAAAUUAAAAGUGUACAAAACGAUUCAAAUGGUAACAUGAUUGAACAGUUUAAACGCAUCUUUGAUAUCUUGGAAGACAUGACCUUAGAUCUUGCCAACUUUAGAUUGAGAUCCUUACGUCCUCAUCUAAUGUCAAUCGCAGUUGAAUAUGAACGUGAUAAAUUUGCAAAGAUGUUGAUGGAUGGAACUAUUCAAUUAGUUCGUACCAAGUCUUGGUUAACUCAAUCUACGCAUAAAUUAUGUCAAGUAGCCGCUGAACGUGAUGGUGGAGGUGAUGGCAUAGAACAACCUACAAGCAACUAUCGUCCCUCCUUUGAUGCUAUAUUUGAAGAAGCAUUUAUUUCUCUAAUUCAUCAGCCAGAAAAAAAUUUAGUAUCUGCAGAAGAUCUACCAGAGACCUUGAGAUUAGAUAUUAAACGAAUGGCUUAUUUUCAAAAUCAACUCAAGACUAUCUCUAUCGUUGCUGCCUUAUUAAUGUUAGCAAGGAAUUUUGGUUCUACUUAUCCUCCUUCUCCUCAUCAGACAGGAUCCUUGGGAGCAUUAUCCAAGCGAUUGUUCAUCAUGUUGGAAGAUGACGCAACGACGAUGGAUAAUUUGGUAGCAGAGAUUGAAGGAAGAGUGAAGGUAAAAGGUGAACAAAGAGAGAUGAUACGGACGAUGGUAGAGAAGACGAUAAGUCAUCAUGAUACAGUCUAUUCUUUACUUUCACGACGAGUUGCUUCUGUCAUCAAGAGUACCAUUCAAAACAAUAAAUUCGUUACAGAUGCAGUCCUCUCAAGUAAUGGUUUAGAAUAUGUGAGAGAUCAACUUGAAAUGACUUCAAUUCAAAUACAAAGAUUAGUGUAUCAUCAUAAAAAGGUGUAUUCUCCUUGGUAUCAUUCCAUAAUGAAGGAAGCACUUUAUGGGAACAUCUAG